ACGACAGAGAACUUGGAGUUGGAGUUAGCUUAGCCACUUUUUUGUGCUCAGAAGAACAGUCGCCGGCGAAAAGUCUCAACCUUUUUCCUCUCCUCCGUUCCCAGUUCACCGGCAUUUCUCUCUUCUCCGACUUGAUUUCCUAUUAGCCUGAGUUUCACGGCGAUGGGAGACGAGAAGCCGGCGGUUGUGAUGGCCAAUCGUGAAAGAGAUCGAGAGCUUCUGAUUCCCGUCGCUGAUGCCGGCAACAAAGACGAUGGUUCUUCGUCGAAGCCUUCUUCUUCUUCCUCCUCUUCUUCUUCUUCUUCGCAUCAAUCCAGCCACGAGACUUUAAGCUUGUUCAUCAGAGGUUGGGCGUCGAAGAAGUUCAUGACAGGCUGUGUUAUCCUACUUCCUAUUGCAAUUACUUUCUAUAUAACAUGGUGGUUCAUUCACUUUGUCGAUGGAUUCUUCUCUCCAAUAUAUGCACAGCUUGGAAUCAACAUAUUUGGUUUCGGUUUUUUGACUUCCAUUGCAUUCAUCUUCUUGGUCGGUGUGUUCAUGUCUUCAUGGUUGGGGGCAUCUGUUCUGAACCUAGGAGAGUGGUUUAUCAAGCGGAUGCCAUUUGUUCGUCACAUCUACAAUGCCUCCAAGCAAAUCAGCACUGCCAUAUCCCCUGAUCAAAACACACAAGCUUUCAAGGAAGUUGCAAUCAUUAGGCAUCCCCGAAUAGGCGAAUAUGCAUUUGGGUUCAUUACAUCAACUGUUGUUCUCCAGAAUUACCCAACUGAGGAAGAACUUUGCUGUGUGUAUGUUCCUACAAACCACCUCUACAUCGGAGAUAUACUACUUGUCAACAGUAAUGAUGUUAUCAGGCCGAAUCUCUCUGUCCGGGAAGGAAUAGAGAUUGUUGUUUCGGGGGGUAUGUCAAUGCCACAGAUUCUAUCGACUCUUGAUAAACCUUCGGCCUCAAUUGACAGAGCUACAAGUUUAUAGUUUCAUGCAGAAGACUUUCUCUUUUUUUUGAGUGAUGAUGAGUGUGUGUCACUGGAGUCUAUUCAAUAUUGUUGUAAUAUUUGAUUUGUGUUUACGAAAGUGUAUAAUGUAAGUUAGGUCUCUCUUCUUAGAUAUGAAUCUUUCUCCUGAAAAUAUUAUAGUCCUUGAAAAAGCGUUGAGAAUUUUUUUCUGUUA